AUGUUCCCCCAGCGACAGAUCAUGCGCUCCGCGCCGCGCUUCCUGCGCUCCCCCGCCGUCCAGCGCCGCUUCAUGAGCUCGCCCGCCCCCAAGGCCGGCGAGAACGCCUUCAUCAAGGAGCGCCAGGCCGUCAAGGAGCACGCCGCCGGCACCACUGAGCUCUGGAAGAAGAUCUCCAUCUACGCCUGCAUUCCCGGUCUGGCCCUCGCCGGCGCCAACGCCUACUGGCUGUGGUCGGAGCAUUGGGAGCACUGGUCUCACAUGCCCCCUCUGGAGGAGCGCACCGAGUACCCCUACCAGAACAUCCGCACCAAGAACUUCCCAUGGGGUGACGGCGACAAGACCCUCUUCUGGAACGACACAGUCAACUACCACAACAAGGACAAGACCACCUAA